GGCACGCGGCGAUUGGUCGAGCGUGUUAUAAUUUUUUGGAACCUCGCGCUCUUGUGGCUUCAGCCUUCACUAGUGAUAUCUGUUCGAAGACCGUGAUGAGGUUCGGAUGAAUCAAACCUGAGGUGAACUGUGUUUUCCGUCGUGUUUUGAUUUUUCAACUAAAUAGAGAUAGUUAAAUGUGUUGGGUCGGAAUGUCAUCUGGAUAUUAACGUUAGUCGUUGGAGUACACCCUGAGAUAACCUGGACAUGGCCACGACUGUGGAAAACCUGACAGAUGGAGGCUCGAAAAAGGACAGAAUUCGACUGGCCAAAGAAAGAAGAGAGGAGAAAGAUAGAAGCCAAGCUGUGCGGGAGCGAGCUCUCUGGGAGAAGGAACAGCGCGCACUGCAGCAGUAUGAACGCUCGGUGGUGGAGCGAGGGAGGCGUCUGGAGGAGCAGCGGCAAAAGGAGAUGCUCCGGCGUUCGGCCGUAGAGGAGAAAAGGAGGCAGCGCAUAGAGGAGGAAAAGGAGCGACUGGAGGCCUUGAUGCGACGUUCCAUGGAACGGAACCUGCAGGUGGACCAGAGGCCCAAACGAUGGACCUGGGGCGGACCUCCCGGAGUCUGCGAGGGUGAUCCUAAGAUUUCCCCGCCCUCUCCUCCUGCUUCAGCCUCCUUAGCCAAUGACCCCGCUGCUACUCCUCCUGCCAGCAAAUCCAGGAACGUCCAAGAUUUUAUUAUUCCGCCCGAGUCCCCAGACUCUGUCCUGAGCAGACAUCUCUCCUCCUCCUCCACAACUUUGCCUAAUAUGACAGAGAAAGCCUCCUCCAGCCCUCACAGGUCUCCUUACAGGGCGUCACCCAAUAGAGCCGAGCGGAAGAAGGUUAGUGCAUCGUUCUGUGGACCAUCAAACGACUCCAGAGGAGCAGCCACAACCCCGAAAACCCCUCAGAGUGAGAAACCAGAAAAGAGUAUCGCCCAAACCUUAGCUGACUCAUCUAUCAAAAAACUUGAGUCUCCAACAACACCCACCCGAAGUUCUUCAAACCAGAAGAACCCCAGCACUCCGAAAAGAUCAAGGUCCUGUAAGAGCCGCAUCCAGUCCCCAGCUUCCCCGGGUCAAUACCCCCCUUCCCCUAUGAGGCACAGAGCCACUACACCAAGUUUAGAAAGCAAGAAGUGGGAAGGAGAAGAGAAAGGGACCAUGGAGAGUAAAGGCUACAGCACUCUAGAGAGAAAGACCUCCAAAGCAGAGAGAAUCCCAAAAUCUACAAGCAAGGAAUUUGGACACAAUGCAGAGUCUCCAGUGACUCCCACUGGGAAAGCAGGUACCACUGAUGCCGAGGAGGCCUCCAGGCUGCUGGCAGAAAGACGACGCCUGGCCAGAGUACAGAAGGAGCAGGAAGAAAAGCAACGACUAGAAGAUGAGAGGCUCAGGGCUGAGGAACUCCAGAGGCAGCAGGAAGAGGAGAGACAGCGGCAGGAGCAGGCAGCUCGACAGGCGGAGGAGAAAAGACAGAAACAGGAGGAGGAGCGCUGCCAGAGAGAGCAGGAGGACAGACACCAAAAGGAACAGCGUUGGAAGGAUCUCCAGGAUGAGCUGGAGAGACAGAGGGAGGAAGCCGUGCAGCGCGUUCAUAGAGAGGCCGAACGGAAGAGGCAGGAGCGAGAGCUUCUGAAAAUUCAGGAGGAGCAGGAGAGACUGCAAAGGAAGAAGCGUAUUGAGGAGAUUAUGAAAAGGACAAGAAAACAAGAUGGAGAAAAGAAAGAAGAGGCGCAGAUGGAAGUCCCAUCCCCCAUUUCUGUUUCCCAGUCUAUCUCACCGUCUCCCUUGGAAACUGGAGGUAACACAGCGAUUAACAGUCCACCAAAGGCAAUGUCGGAAUCUCCAAUCAUAUGCCUUGAGCCACUGGAAGCAAAGAGCAGCGUGGCGGAUGAUCUCUCUGAUGGAGUCCAGUCCAUGGAUGUCAGCCCUGUGUCCAGAGAUGAUCUAGUUCCAGAAUAUUCCCCCAUCAGCGAGAUCUCACAGAACAGCAUGACUUCUGUGGCUUUGGACGACAUCCUCGUUCUGACCGGGCAGGUCUCACAUCCCAAAGUGUCUGCUGCUCCAGAUUUUGGUGACUGCAACAAGAACCUGAUCCAGGAUUGCAGUAGCGCUGCUAUUGACUCAUCACUUUUCCAGAGUCUUAGACCGACCUCAGACAAGCUCAACAUCUAAUAUAAAGACACUGUUGAAGCACGGGGCUUGACUGAACUGGAGUGGAGCAGAAAAAUGAGACCAGCCCUUUGUGCCUCAGCAUCUUCAUUAGAGCCUGAAUAUCCUCUUGAACAGGAGAAUAAGGACUGAAUGUCAAACCAUGUGUUAAUAGCAAAGAAAAGACACCCUGACAGUUGAUUCCCCACACAUAAAAUAAAGUUUUGCCUGCUCCUCGUAGAUAUUAUAUUUCACACGAUUUCACCGUAGUAUCACCAGACAAAGCAACUGUAUUAGCGCAGUCCUAGUGUUCUUCUUAGUCCUGUUAUACACCUGUAGCAUUGAUGAGUGAUACACCGUGACAAUUGUAGCAGCUCCAUUGUGUAAUUUGUUUUUUUUUCUGUUGCAUAAAUGACCGGCAAACCGAGCAGUUAUGUGCUGAGUCUGAUGAUUGUGCUGUAUUACAUUGGCUGGGGUUUGCAAUCAGUAUAUUGUGUAAAUCCAUGACUUCUUCGCAAUCCAAGCUUUGUAGUCUGAAAGUGGAUAUGAAUAGAUGUAAAGUGUGAUAUUAUUCCAUCAUAACACUGUUAUACUGGCAUUAAUGUAUUAUUAGUCAGCAGUUAGAAGUUAUGGGGAUGUAUACAGAAAAAAAAGUGUACUUCUAAUGUAAUUUAUUGUGUAAAAGCUUAAAAAUGGAAUUAAAAGUGCACAAUUCCGUUGUGUUAAAUAGCAUAGUGCUUUUAAUUCUUCACAGACUUUGUCUGUUUUGUUUUGUUUUGUUAUAUGACAUCAUUGCACACAGCUCUAUGCAGAUCAAGAAAACCAAGCAACCAUAAAAUAGCAACACAAAUCAAGAUAAUUCAGCAUCCCACAACUGUACAGUAGUGGCUAAAAAGACCUGUACUUGCUGAACAUGUUGCUUAAAGUACACUGUUUACCAUCUUGUAUACUCAGGGUGCUAGUGAGCUUUGCAUGUGAGCUCAUUUUUGAUGUUUGGUGGUGAUUUCAAUGGUAUGUAUCAUGAUGCUGUUGUGUAAAACUUCAGAUGCACAGGACCAAUAAGGAACAAAUUUCUUGAAAGUUGUAAGUUUCUGUCUAUCUAUCUAUCUGUCUGUCUAUCUAUCUAUCUAUCAUGACAAGACUUGGGAUGCGGAUGUUGAUUACAUUUUCAAUUAUACAGAGAGUGAUGGGUUACUACUGAAAUUCAGCACUUCAAAAUGACAUUUGAGAAAUGGUGCAUGCAUCAGCUGCUUUGAAGUUGCUGAACCCUGAGACACUGACAUAACAAUAAAACAUGUAUCACACCAUGA